AUGCGCUGUUCGGCUUCUUUCGUAGCAGCAAUGGCGUCCUCCUUAGCCGUGUGCAGGUUACAUAUGAGGGGAAGGGGCAGCCUGGCGAAGUGCCUACGGAAGGUCGACACGUUUCUUCACAGGAGUAUCGGGACAAACGUUGUCGCAGCGGAAGGUGAAGCGCUUCGGAAAGAUGAAACCGAAGAAACGAAUGGACGCAAAUCUUUCUAUGCCGUCCUGGCGGAGAGACAAGAACAGGCGGAGAGAUCGGUUCUCAUCAGCUGCCAAUCCAGAAGUGAGAAAAAGUCCCUCAAGUUUAUUUCAAAACACGGAGAUGUCAAGAAAUACUUCUUUUAUGAAAGCUACGGCGUGUAUGCUGUAGUGGAAUUUGCGAAUCGUGAAAGCGUUGCCUCGUUACUCGAAGAGGCAGUCAUCCCCAACAGCAGCCAUGAAUCCUCGGUGCCUUUUAAAUCGAGACUGCUGACAGUGAGGAAUAUCGGCUCAGCGGACUCAACAAGCCAACAGUCAGGCCAACAGUACCAACCACAAACCAGCAUUCCCAUUAACGAGCUCAUAAAGAAACUGUCCAGAGAGGAGAGUAUAGACCAACAAAUAAACACCCUGACAGAUGUCUAUCAGCUAACAGACGAGAACAGCCGACUGCGUUUCCUCGUCUGCUCUCUGCUCAAGGACGUUGUUGCUCCUUAUUUCCCAGAAUGCACCGUCAAGCCGUUUGGCUCAUCAGUAAACGGCUUUGGAAAGCUGGGCUGUGACCUGGACAUGUUUCUGGACCUGGAUGACAUCAGUGGCAGAAAUGCAAAGAUGCCAAAAUCAGGUCUGUCCCUGGAGUUCCAGAUGAAGAGGGCCAGCUCGGAACGGGCCGUCACCCAGAGCAUCCUGUCCGUCAUCGGGGGAUGUGUGGACCAGUUUGGGCCUGGGUGUGUGGGGGUGCAGAAGAUUCUCAACGCACGAUGUCCGCUUGUUCGAUUCGCCCACCAGCCCUCUGGUUUUCAGUGUGACCUCACAGCCAACAACAGGGUGGCGAUGAAGAGCUCAGAGCUGCUGUACCUGUACGGAGAGCUGGACCCGCGGGUUCGUUCUCUGGUGUUCACUGUGCGCUGCUGGGCCCGAGCUCACAGCGUCACCAGCAGCAUCCCCGGGGCCUGGAUCACCAACUUCUCCCUCACCGUCAUGGUGCUGUUCUUCCUGCAGAAGAGGAGCCCUCCCAUCAUCCCCACUCUGGACCAGCUCAGGGACCUUGCAGGUCCCGCGGACAAGUGCGUGAUUGAGGGGAACGACUGCACGUUUGUCAGCGACUUCAGCAAGAUCCAGCUCCAGAGCAACACAGAAACACUCGAGCAACUGCUGCAUGAAUUCUUCGAGUUCUAUUCCACCUUUGCAUUCAGCACGAUGUCCAUAAAUAUCAGAAAGGGUAAAGAGCAGAACAAGCCGGAGGUAGGCCCGCUGCACAUCCAGAACCCGUUCGAACUCUCUCUGAACGUCAGCAAGAACGUCAACGCCACGCAGCUAGGGCGCUUCGUGGCUUUGUGUCAGGAGAGCUUGUGGCUGCUCCAGCAGAGUGACACCAGUAUUCCCAGAGGUGGUGAUGAAAAGGUUGCUUCACCUUGGGGACUUGCUACCCUCCUCCUGCCCCCGCAGAUCGCAGGGCUCAAAAGUCAUAAGAGAAGGAGGCGGGAGCCGGCCAGUGAGAGGCUCAAGACCUUGCUGGAAUCCUUGACGAUUAACAAGCAGCAGAAGAAAAGCUAAGACUCUUGGGAGCUCUCAGACAUCGGCUUCAUCCCCUUACUAUCACCUGAACUCAUACAUUGAUAGACACCUUCUGGUUUUGUCGUCUGAUGCCUCACGGUGGAGGUGAAGAGCAGCUUCUGCAGUGGACUACAGUUCCAAACAUGGACACUUGAGGGUGUUACUGAGGCCUGUGUGAGCAUGUGUUUGGGACCUGGAAUAAGGGAGUGAUUACUGUGUACUUUACUGUAGACUUACUCUGCUGUAAAUAAAUACUGUGGAAAC